AUGGAUGUGGACCAGAAGAAUUCUGGCAUGGCAACAGCAAAGAGAAUCAUUCAGGAGGGCAUCCUUCUCCUGAGUCUGAAAAUGCAAUUUCAGGCUAGGAUCCGAGUCAAGGCCUUUCUUGUGGGUACCCCUAUCCUGAUUCCUUUUUCUGAAACACCUGGUUUUGGCUGCUUUAGCAAAUUUUACGUGAAUGCCCACAAAAUAUUAAAACAGAGAGGCAACUGGGUGUACUACAAGGCCAACGUGGCCAAGGCAGGCUUGGUGGACUACUUUGAGAAGAAGUUUAAUGCCCUGAAGUUUCCUGUACCACAGGGUAAAUACACUGCCCAGUUGGACACUGAAGAAAAGGAAGAUGUGAAAAGUUGUGAUGAGUUUGUGUCCCUCUCAAAAGCUAGGAUGGAAGAAUAUCAGAAACAGCUGAAGAAGAUGAAGACCAUAAUUCCAUUUGAUCAGAUGACCACUGAGGACUUGAAUGAAGUCUUUCCAGAAACCGUAUUAGACAAGAAGAAGUACUCCUAUUGGCCUUGGCCUCACCAGCCAAUUGAGAAUUUAUAA